AUGGAUCCCGCAACAACCGAUGAUUUGAUAUUGGCAAUGGUGGCAGAGGAGGAUCCUGCGGUGGACGCGAGUGAGACGAGGGCGCCUCUUGUGAUCGGGGUCACCGUUACGGCCUUGUUUGUGGCGACAGUCGCUACGAUGCUGAGGGUCUAUGUCCGCAAAUACGUCUUGAGAAGAUGGGGACCGGAUGACUCUGCGCUCGUCGCUUCAUAUAUUCUUGUGUUCCUCACUGGUCUUCUGAUGCUCAUCAACACGCAUUACGGGGACGGACGGCACGCUGCCACGCUCCCUCGCGCGGACUACCUGAAAACACAGGAGAUAGCCAUCGCCGCUGUUGCCGUAUACCAAGUUGCAUAUCCACUGAUCAAGACGACGUUUCUGUUGCAAUAUCGCCGAGUCUUCCCGUUGCCGCCGUUCAAGAAGCUGUGCAAUAUGUUCGCCAUCUUCAUACUCACCUUUGGAUUCACGCAAGUGGUCUCAUUAUGCUUCGCUUGCGUUCCUCUUCGGGCCCUGUGGGACUUCACUGUCCAGGGGAAAUGCAUACAUCUUCUGGAGUGGUGGUACAUUGGAUCAUCCAUCAACCUCAUUACCGACCUCGUCAUCUUUUUCAUGCCGGUGCCUUUACUGAGGACACUCGGCGUACCGAUGAAGCAGAAACUCAUCCUGAUGGCAACUUUUGGUCUUGGCUUCUUCACGUGCGCGAUAUCCGUCGUUCGACUCACCACUCUAAAGCAGUCUUCUCAAUCAACUGAUCCGACGUACAACACCGUCAUCGCUGGCGUCUGGUCUCUUACCGAACUAUGCUGCGGGGUCGUCUGCGUAUGUGUACCGACUCUUCGGCCCCUGCUAGGCACGCACAGCCAGACGGUCAAGAUACGAACACACUUGGAGCGACGUAUCCACGACAGCGCCGACACCGAGCUGUACACCCAGUCAUCGGGCGGAACGACGUCGAAGAAGAGGCGAUCGGGUAUAAUGUCAGCCACGUUGCAUGAGGCGCUGGAAGACCCAGAGAGUCCGAGGACGUUGACCGAUUACGCGAGAAAUACGGCGGACGUAGCGACGCCGCCGAAGAUACACGUUGACGAGGCUCGAGAAACGAGAGAGCAACUGAGGCAGGCUAUGGCCAUGACGUUACCGUUGACGAGAGUUGAUACGGAGGAUGGCGUCGAGUUUCUGAUGCUCGAGGCUCCGGGGCAUGAUCCGGAGGUACCGACGCCGUUGGCGCCGCCGCCGAGGAGGCAUACGGAUAGGGGUAAUCGGCAGAGCGAAGGAGGUGAUUAUUUCGGAGCUCUGGUUUGGGAUCCGAAAGGUCAGCCGAGUAUUCCUGAAAACACGUCGCAGGAGACGAUCAGUCCAGGUGGUAAAGGGGAUGAUCCGCCAUGA